UUACAGUCGAAUCUGUGAGCAGGCAUGUACGACCAUUUGGAUGAGUUAAAGACCUCACUGCCGCUGGCGAGACAGGACCCCCACAGAUCAUGGCAGCAGCAGAGUCCAGCCCUCUGACCACUCAUGUGUUAAACACUAAUGAUGGAGUCCCAGGGGCCAAGAUGGCCCUGAGCCUGCAUCGCCUGGACACCAAGAUGAUGAUCUGGACCAUGUUAAGUGUUGGGACAACAAAUGAAGAUGGCCGCUGCCCUGGACUCAUCAGUCGGGAAGCCUUCAUCCCAGGCAUGUACAAGCUGCGCUUUGAGACGGCUUCGUACUGGGAGGGUCUGGGUCAGACCUCCUUCUACCCAUAUGUAGAGGUGGUCUUCAACAUCAGUGACCCAGGAAAGAAGUUUCACCUCCCUCUGCUGAUGAGUCGUUUCUCCUACAGCACCUACAGAGGGAGCUAAGAGCUCUGAGCAUGUUUUCUUCAUGUCCAAAUCCAGCUGUUACAGUUGUAAGCUGUUGAAUUUGACAUACUUGAAUGUAAGAAGACAAAUUCACUAUGUUUAUUUAUAAAUUUUUACUGUAAUAAAUAAAUGUGGAAAAAGUGUCAUGGUUGUAUGAGCAAAUGUUUAGGGUUAGAUUUGGUAUGCUUCAAAUGAAGUGAUUAAACUCUUAAAUAUUACACGGAAGUGCGAUUUAUUCAGUGACAUGAUGGAAUGACAUUUAUUCAAUCAUAUCUAACUGUAACAAAACUGAAUUAUUAUUACUGUCUAAUAAACCAAAUUUUAAUUGUU